GGGGGAGUCACGUGAAUGCCUUUGAUCAGAUUCCUAGUCAUUGUUCUUGUUUACCUUAUAAAAGGGAGUUUUACCCCUUCCCACGCUGAUUUUUCCGAUCCUUGUUUCUCUAUGAUAGCUCAUGGUUGGUCUCUAGCCCUCCCCCACUGCCUUCUCUCAUCUCCAAUAUCCCACUCCUCCUAGUACGCUCUCUUCCUGGAAGGACUACACCUCCCUCCUUUCUCUCCAUGACUCCCUUCGAUCUGAACCAGGCGUGUGUUGUCCCCUCGGAAGAGGGGGACAGAGAUCUAGGUCACCUCCCUACCUCCGCCCUAGCAGAUCGUGCUUCUUCCUUCUCGUGUUCCGAUCUCUUCAGCAGCAGCCAUGAUCAAGGAGCAGAUUAUUGCACGGGCCGUCACGUCCAGCAGCCACUGCAGGAGGCCAGGGAGCUGUUCCUGAGAGCGGGAUCGAGCGAUCGCAUGACACAGCAUCCUGCCGACGCCGACGACGACGAUGCUCUCAAACUCUCUCUUUGCGAUCUGGACAAUAUCACGGAAGAAGAAGGAGAAGACGAAGAAGAAGAAGAAGAAGAAGAAGCGGAUAGGCCCGGUAAAUGGAUGUCCUCCAAGAUGCGGUUUAUGAGGAAGAUGAUGAAUUCCACUCACAUCGUGGUGAGCAAACCUAGAGGAAGCAUGCUACUCUCUGAAGACCAAAGCCAAAGAAGCCAAGGGUUCGGUACAGGCAAUCAAAGCAACGGAAAUGGUAUCAUCAGAAUCUGCAGCGACUGCAACACAACCAAGACUCCUCUGUGGAGGAGUGGGCCUCGCGGCCCCAAGUCGCUCUGUAACGCAUGUGGAAUACGGCAAAGGAAGGCGAGGCGUGCCAUGGCAGCCGCAGCGGCUCUGAACGGCGGAUUGAUCCCCGCCACUGCUCCGGCCAAAGUGAGAAAAGAGAAAAAGUUGGAUAUCGAUCGAACUCUCCCAUUCAAGAAACGGUGCAAGGUUGACGCUUCCAGUGCGACCGCCAAGAAGCUUUGCUUCGAUGAUGUUCAAUUAAGCUCCAACAAGAACACAGCGAUCCAGAAGGUGUUCCCGCAGGAAGAGAGAGACGCAGCGAUACUGUUGAUGGCUUUGUCUUGUGGCCUUAUCCGCAGCUGAGCGUUUGUUUCCUUCCUUAUUCUUGAGUUGUUUUCUCUUAUCAUAAGUGAACUCUAUAUUUGUGCUGGUGUGACUACUAAUUACUUGUGUGUUUGCCAAGUGAGGGAGAACGCAGUAAGUGAGCUAAUAAACUUUGGAAGAAAUAGGGUUUGCUUGCGAAUAUCAAUACAUUAUUGUUGUUCUUGAGGA